GCAACUCUAAUUAUUAUCAUUGUUGAAUACUCUUUGACAAUUGGCAAAUGGUAUUUUUUCUGCACCUACUUAAUAUAAUUUGUUUUAUUAAAAUAUUGUGCUGAACGUGAAAUAAUUGGCGAAUGUUUCGAUUGAUCCAAUUGCAUUUACAUUAUUUGUCAGCAGGCAAUUUAUAGCAUUGGAUAUUAUUAAUUUCUAUGAACUCAAAAAGCGAAACUGACGAAGCUUCAAGGGGGAGGGAAGCAUCAUCGUCAAAUAAUAACUCAACCCCAAACAUCAGUGCCGAGGAACAAUCCCAGCCAGUUUUAUGCGUGAAUCCAGUAUCUGGUAGUACUCAGGACAUCAUGAAGCGUGCAGCUAAGGAGCUGAUUGAGAGAUAUUUCUAUCAGCUACUCGAGGGCUGUGGGAAUCCUAACUGUGAUAAUGAAUAUUGUGCAUCAAGUCAGAAGGCUAAAAAGCUAACAGCCAAUGAAGCUGCAGCAGUAGCUAUAAAAUUAGCAGAGAAAAAGGAGGCUCUUCUUUGUGACAGACAUCCAAAUAAAGUUCCUCGCACUGAUACUAACACCUGUGAUUCAAAUUCCAGCACAUGUGAAACAUCAAAUAAAAAAGUUAAAAAAACCAGCAGUAACCAAAAGACAGAGUUGUCAGAGAAUAAAGAGCAAGAAGACAGUCAAGGUAAAGAAAUGGCAAAUGAAUCUAGUCCAAUAAUAACAAAACAAACUGAAUGUAAACAUAAUAAAUCAACUAAUAGUGGGCCUUUAACGGAGGAGAGAAUGCGUGAGCUAUGUGACGAGUGCCUGCAGAGCCAGUCGGCGCAGAAGUUGUCAUGGGCAUUGGGUUCAGCAUUCCGGCAACCACAUGUACUGGCUCUAUCAUUUCGACGUCAAAUCAAUGAAAAUGAACCAAAACCUGAAAGUGAUGUUAAAAAGGAUAAAGAAUCCAAAGCAAUGUGCUCAUCAAGUGAUCCAGAUAAAGACAUAGACAGUGUGACGGGUCCAGAGUUUGAUGCAGCCUCAUGUCAUAGAGCAUUCCUGUACCUUGCUAAAGUACCGUCAAAGCAUUACAGUUCAGUGUUAGUCUCGGCACUGGAAACAUUAGCCUUAAAUCUGAAGAUAGAUUUGGAGAUCAGUAAGAAGAUUUCUAUGGAGGAUGUGGUGAACUGCUUUGUGAUUGCUUUUGAAAUACCAGAUAUUGGAUGUAGCGACUACCUGGAGGUCGCCCUGCCAACAUUAUGUCAUGCUGUUGAAUAUUUGCCGCUUAAAGCACAAGCUCGCCUCGCACGUCUCUGGUCUGCGUACUGCAAGGAAAGCCUGCGCCACAUCCUGGAGGCGCUACAGCAGCUCAUCACCCUGAGAGUGGUGUCCACUAACUACUCCAGGAUAUAUCAAGUGCAGGAUGAUGAAUGUGUUACUAAAGCCACGAAGCUCAUGAAGAUAGUGUACUACGCAAACAUGUUGGCUGGCGAGGUGGAGCAGAACCCCCAGGCGGAGGAGGCCGUGGUGAUCGCCAGCCAGCUGGACCCCCUGGGUGAUGCGCUGCAUGACCUGCUACCGCUCUCCUCUAUGAAGACCUCCAAACAGUCACUGCCCGAGGAUCCACUUGCGGUUGAACUGAAGAUAAACUCGUUGGAUGUAAGAAAGCCGUACCUGCCGUUCGAGGAAUUCUACAACGAGCCUCUCAGCGACAGCAUUGAAAUGGAUAUUGAUUUCGCCAGCUAUAAAACUGAUGUUAAUAGUGCAACAAAGUUCGCGUUUUUAAACUACCCGUUCAUAUUGACUGCGGCGACGAAGUCCCUCGGACUGUACUACGAGAACCGCAUUCGCAUGUACUCGGAGCGUCGCGUGUCGCUGCUGCACGCGGUGGUGGGGGCCGCGCCGCCCAUGCCCUUCCUACGUCUGCGCGUGCGCCGCUCACACAUCAUUGCGGACGCGCUCGUUGAGUUGGAAAUGAUAGCGAUGGAGCGAGCGUUGGACCUGAAGAAGCAGCUGAUGGUGGAGUUCGAAGGCGAGCAGGGGGUUGACGAAGGAGGUGUCAGCAAGGAGUUCUUCCAGCUCAUCGUCGAGGAGAUAUUCAACCCCGACUACGGCAUGUUCACGCAACAACCGGAUUCGCAUACCGUCUGGUUCAACCCGACAUCGUUUGAAACAGAGGCGCAGUUCACGCUGAUCGGCAUCGUCCUGGGAUUGGCGAUAUACAAUAAUAUCAUCCUGGCGGUCAACUUCCCCAUGGUGGUGUACCGCAAGCUCAUGGGCAGGAAGGGCGCUUUUGAAGACCUGGCCGACUGGAAUCCUAGUUUGUAUAACGGUUUAAAAGAUAUGUUAGAUUAUAGCGGCGAUGAUUUAGAGGAAGUGUACUACCAGACAUUUAGGAUAUGCUACAAGGAUGUGUUCGGCAACAAUUUAUUCCACGAUCUCAAGGAGGAAGGGGACAGCUUGUUUGUUACGCAAGCCAAUAAAAGGGAGUUUGUGGAUUUGUACGCGGAUUUUCUACUGAACAAGUCUGUGGAGACGCAGUUCCGCGCGUUCCGGCGCGGCUUCGUCAUGGUGACGGACGAGAGCCCGCUCAGCGCGCUCUUCCGACCUGAAGAGAUUGAGACCCUCGUCUGCGGCAGCAAGAAUUUCGAUUUCAACGAGCUGGAGAAGUCGACGGAGUACGACGGCGGGUACACUGCGGAUUCACGUAUAAUAAAAGACUUCUGGUGCAUUGUUCACAACCUGUGCAUCGUAGAAAAGCGAAAGCUGCUGCAGUUCACGACGGGCUCGGACCGCGUCCCAGUCGGAGGGCUCAGCUAUCUCAAGCUGGUGAUAGCGCGCAACGGCCCUGACUCUGACCGCCUGCCCACCGCACACACCUGCUUCAAUGUGCUGCUGCUGCCAGAGUACGACUCCCGGGACAAGCUGCGCGACCGUCUCAUGAAAGCCAUCUCAUACUCCAAAGGCUUCGGCAUGUUGUAGGCUCCACUCCAUCAUACAUUACACCCAUCCGGUGGUAUACACCCGGUGGUACACACCCGGUAGUAUACACCUGGUAAUAUUCUCUCAUUGUCAACGCGUAAACAUCGCGCGGAGGCUGCCGAGUGAAUGUAAGAAAUAAUAACUUUAAAGGUCAUUCCACAUUAGAACUACUCGACGCCGAGUAGCCUGGUGUCGAGUUCGUCAAAUGUGUGAUGACCUUUAAUCAAUUAAGUCCUACCCAUCGAUGGCUCUGUAACGUGAAUAAUAAACGUUUGUUGUAUUUAUACGAAUAUUGUUGGUUUAUUUUUACGUAUAGGUUGUUAAAUGCCAUUUAACUUGAAGAUUUGUGAAAAAUCAAAAAUUUGGAUAUUUGUUCAAGCUUGAAAAUCUAUGAAGAUAAAAUUUUAUAAUUUCAUGUGAACUUGCUGUCAACUGUCACUGUAUUUGGCUUGCAUGCGUCAUAUGAAUUUUAAGAUUUAUACGCGGGUAGGUGAGAAAUAAAAAUCAGUCUUGUUUUGUAAUAUAUUACUUUUAAAAUUUGCUUAAUAGGUAAAAUAUUUUAUAUAAAAAUAUAAGUGUUAGUAAUAAAACUUUUGUGACUGCGCAAUAUAGAAAUUGUUAGAUAUAAGUUUUUCUUCAAACUACCCUACAUUCAAAUGGUCGAGUCUACAAUGACAACUUAGUCACAAUCAAUUUGUUCAUUAAAGUUUGCGAAAUAUUCCUAAAUAAUUUAUAUUAAUUAUUAAUACUAAUAUUAACCUACAUUAUAUUCUGUAUAACGGAAUACGAGUCUUGAUAAUUUGUUGAAAGAAAUCAUAAAAAUAAGCCUAAUGUUUAAUUAAUUUCAUAUUACAUUAAUAUAAGUGCCCAAUAAAAUUAGUUAAUUACAUUAUUUACGUUACGUUAAGCUCAAUUUAUAAGAAAUAUUUCAAUAUGAAUGUUACUAUCGUCAUAGCUUCACACAAUGUAUUAGGUAAUUCUUGCCAUACAAUACAAUGAAAAAAAAAAUAAAUUGUUCAAAUGUAUAAAAUAAACAACAUAAUAAAAAUAGUUUAUUCUAAAAUAUAUAAAUCUAAAAAUUAGAUAAAUGGAUUGAGAUGUCCUAAGAAAAUAUUGUUUGCUUAUAUCGAAAUGCAUUUGCUUGUUACAACGGCAAUAUUACAAAUUAAUUUAACAGAUAUAAGAAUCCAUUUUAUAAUGUAUUUUGUACUAUAUUGUAAGAAGUUCAGUCUUUGUAUAGUAUUAGGGUGUAAU